AUGCCGCGAGUUCUUCAUGUGCAAAAGAUUGAUGGCAAGCCAGGCAAGGUCUACUACCCAAUCAAAAUCAGGGAAGCGCCCUUGCCCGAGGUCGGCCCCAGCCAGCUUCUCGUUCGCAUGGACGCCGCGGCCCUCAACCACAAGGACCUGUUCAUCCGCAGACAUCUCUACCCAGCCAUUUCGUUUGAGAACCCCCUGCUAGCCGAUGGCUACGGCACCGUCGUGGAGGCCGGGGCAGCCGUCAAGCAGAGGGACCUCCUCAACAAGCCUGUCCUUCUCAACCCCAUGCUCAUGUGGGAAUCCGACCCCGUAGGGCCGGAAAAGGGCGUCGUCCUCAUCACCGGCGCGUCAUCGGCGACCAAAACAGGCUGCGCCCAGGACUACGCCCUUGUCGAGGAAGACGAUGUCGUGCCCGCACCGGCGCAUCUCACCCCCGCCGAGGGCGCGGCCCUGCCGCUCGCAGGCCUGACCGGCUGGCGAGCGCUCGUCACCAAGAGCGGCAACGCCGAAGCCGGCAGGAACAUACUUGUUACUGGGAUCGGAGGCGGCGUGGCUAUCCAGGUGCUCCAGUUCGCCGUGGCCAUGGGGAUCAACGUCUACGUUACCUCUGGCGACCAGGCCAAGAUUGACAAGGCCAAGAGGAUGGGGGCCAAGGGCGGCGUCGUCUACAAGAACGACGGCUGGGAGCGCGAGUUGAAGAGCUUGCUCCCCGAGAGCAGACCGUAUAUCGAUGCUGUGAUUGACGGUGCGGGGGGUAACAUCGUCUCCAAGGCCACCAAGUUCCUGAAGCCUGGCGGCAUCAUUUCCCAGUACGGCAUGACGGUUGCGCCCAAGAUGGAGUGGACUAUGCAGGCUGUCUUGAUGAAUAUCGAGCUGAGGGGUUCGACUAUGGGCUCCAAGAGGGAGUUCAGGGACAUGGUCGCCUUUGUGAACGAGAAGAAGAUCCGGCCGGUUGUGAGUAAGACGGUGAAAGGGUUGGCGAAUCUGGAGGGUAUUGAUGGCUUGUUUAAGGAUAUGGAUGCUGGGACACAGUUUGGUAAAUUGGUCAUUGAGAUUAAUGACCGCCCGUCGUCAAAACUGUAA